CUCGAGCCGGUUGUUUUGUACUUGAGGCAUCGGGUCGUCGAUAAUAACAGCACACUAUCAUCUCAGCAUGGGGAAGCGCGUCGCUGUAGUGCUCGCAGGCUGCGGAGUAUUCGAUGGCACUGAAAUCCAUGAAGCCUCCGCUGUUUUGGUCCAUCUCAGCAGAGGGGAUGCAAGUGUGAAAAUGUUUGCCCCCAACGUGGAUCAGAUGCAUGUGGUGGACCACAUGAAAGGCGGUCCCACGGAGGAGAAGAGAAACGUGUUGGUGGAGAGUGCAAGGCUGGCAAGAGGAGACAUUCAGGAUCUGUCUAAACUCCUCGUCAAAGACUAUGAUGCCAUCAUUUUCCCAGGUGGCUUCGGCGCGGCUAAGAACCUGUGCACCUGGGCUACAGAGGGGAAGGACUGCAGUGUCAACGCGGAGGUGAAGGGGGUUCUCCAGGCCUUCCACAGCGAGGGCAAGGCCAUUGGCCUCUGCUGCAUCUCCCCCGUCCUGGCAGCCAAGGUCUUCCCCGGCUGCGAGGUCACAGUCGGCCGCGAGAACGACGACAAAUACCCCAACACCACGGAUACAGCGGCGGCCAUCGUCCAGUUGGGCUGCACGCACGUGAGCAAGAGCGUGGCCGAGAGCCACGUGGACGAGAAGAACAAAGUGGUCACCACCUGCGCUUUUAUGUGUGACGCGCCCCUCCACGAGAUCUUCGAUGGCAUAGGCACCAUGGUGCAGGCUGUGCUGAAGCUAGCCUGAUUUCCCUUUGACUGGGAUGAAUGCUGGAAAAUUAACGCACUUAGUUGCAUGCACUCUGCUGUAAGAGCCCACUGGCCAAAACCAGUAUAAACCUGAUCAUAAUAUUACUGACGACCAGUAGCAGAAUCAUGUGACCAUGCUAACUGUUCUCUUGAUGCAAGCCAACAAGAGUUAUGUUUGCGUCCUCCAGGUGGAUUUGUAGGAGGAAAUGAAAGUCAAAUAAAGUAAAUUCCCUUUCUCAUAGUGAAACAGGAGUAGUUUGGUUUAUGAGAA